AUGAGAGCGUCGGUAUUGUCUGCUGGCCUUUUGCCAGCGGUGGUUACGCUUCUAGCUGGAAUUUCUACAACUAUGGCCCAGCUUGAAGUGCACCGUCUUGGUGCCGAGGAUUAUGGCAGCGAUAUUGAUGCAGGCCAUUUCCAGGUCUUGGCCCCUCGUGCUGCCAACUAUGGUGAACCGAGUGAUUAUGGUUACUAUCCUCCUCCCUAUGGAGAAGAAACUUCUUCUGUUACCUCGACUACCAAAUCUGGCGUCUACCCUACCCCUCCUGCUGCAUCGUCUACAGGCACUAUUUCCAAUGUGACCACUAAGACAGAGACUGUUUCCAUCACUCAUCCAACCGGUAGCAAGACAUCUUCUGGAAAUAGAUCCUCUACUUUGGCAGGAACAGUGACUGCAUCGUCUACUUCCGACAAGGGCCAUUCAUCGGCAACGGCUGAGGCUUCAUCAGUCAUAGAGUCUUCGUUUGGCCUAACAACGCAAACGAUUACUGUAUCGUUAGCUUCUACCACAUUCGUUACAGCAAAAACUGUACAAGUGGAAUCUAGUCACGAGGGAUACUCGUUUUCAUCUGAAGCGACAUCUUCCCUAAGCACAUCGUCGGCGUCUAGUGUGUCGACCAGAUCUUCGACUGAGGAAGAAUCAGGUACCGUCCGGUCCGUAUCUUCUUCCAGCUCUACCAAAGGCUCUUCAUCGUCUGGGUCUGCUUCUGUGACUACCACGACAGGAUGGUCCAACUCAGCCUCGUCACCCUCUACCACGUCAAGUGGAAGCUUAUCGUCUAGUCAGUUGACCGAGAAUGCAACUGUUCAUUCGACUUCAACGUCGACCGCUUCCAUAGAGUCGACUAGGUCCUUUACUGAAGGGGAAUCCGGCACCAUUCAUCCUAUAUCUACUUCCACGACGAGCUCUUCAACUUCUGGACCUACCAUUGUAUCCACUAUAACAGGAUGGUUCAACUCUACAGCUCCACCCUCGAGCGAGUCGACAGGACAGUUUUCCUCUAGCCAGUUGACUGAGAAUGGAACCAUACGUACCGUCACUUUAACCACAAUUGGAGUGACGCUGACGAGGCCAUUAUCUGAGUCUUCCACCCAAUUGACUUCGUCGACUUCUGCGUCUGGAAAUGCAACCUUUUCGACCGGCGCCUCUGGUUCAUCUGCUUCUGAGACAUUAUCUUCUAGCUCUUCAGCAGCCACGGGUACAAAUCUGACGCAAACCUCUGUGAUUAGCAGACCUUCUGGUACCACAGCAUCGGGCCAUGGUAUCACGAGCACUGUUAAUGGAACUGCCAUCGUAAUCACAGUCUCUGAAGCAGCGGCCAGUACUACCUCGUCUUUCUCGACAGGGACCUUGUCAAACAUCUCGUCCUCUCUUAUCAGCGGGUGGUCGUCGUCAAGCAUCCCAUCAGUUGCUACUUCGACCUAUCGAUUCACAAACUCGUCUGUGGCUACUGCUACUUGCUACAGUGGCUCAGUCAAACGUGACAACAAUCUGGUCUGCUACAUCAACCUCGCCAAGAUCAUCUGGGACAACAGCGUCUGUUACAUCUGUGCCUGUGACUGCACCAACAUCGCAACUCAAUAA